AUGGAAUUCGACGAUUUACUUCAAAAGCAAGAGGAUGUAAAGGGCAUUUCGUUCAAACAGUUCUUAAUUAGGCAAUCCCAGGUUAUUACAACACUAAAAGAUCCUGCGGUUUCCCUCUCAGAGAAGCUCUAUCUUCUUGAACAUGUCGAUAAUGAUAUCCUUCCAUUAACAGUGAUUCAAAGAAUUGCCCUAUUUAACUCAUUCGCUGAGAAUAGCACUGUCAAAACAACCCUUAUUAAUCUUCAUUAUUACACUGCGAAGAAAGAAGGUGCAUCUAUUACAUGGGCAUCUUUGAAGGAUGGUAUCUCCGAACUCCUUCAAGAAGAGGCUCUUGUGUCUGACAAUUCGAGAAAGGGUCUUGCCGUUAAGAGGAAUCCUCCUCGGAAAUCUCAACUUCUCCAACCUAAUAUCCGUUGCUACAAAUGUGAUGGUAAGGGCCAUAAGCUGAGCGUUUGUCCAUCACGUACGUAA